ACUAGUGACCUUUGGCGCAAGAUCUCGAUCUAUGUCUGUAUUCCAGCGCUGCUGAUCGCUGGUGUGAAUGCCUACAACUUGUACUCGGCUCAUCAAGAGCACGUAGCUCAUCUAGCCGAGCACCCCGAGGAGGAUCAUCCCGAGUACCCUUACCAAAACAUCAGGACGAAGAACGUAAAUGCACCCUUCUAUGGAGACGGCGACAAAACGUUGUUCUGGAAUGAUGCUGUGAAUCAGCACAAGGAAUCUUAA